UGCAAGGCGUUUUGCAUCCACCAAUGGGCUUUCAGGCUGCAGAUAUUGGGAUGUAAAUGAGCGCAGCGCGUGCUGGCGCAGUGAAAGCGGCGGAUUGUUUAUUGAGCCCCGUGCAGCCACGCGCCUGGCCCGCCGAACCGCAGCUCAAGAAUCCCGCAGCGGGGCGGAGACUCCCACACGAGCGUGCGUCUUUUUAAGGGGGUGGGGUGUCGGACGCGUGUUGAAAAAGGGUCGGGUGCUGCCAAAGUUUGUAUCAGAUCGAGGACUGGUAGGGGGCCGGUAGACACUUGGACAUUUAGAAAGCGAGAACUGGCCACACACGCAAAAGUCACGCGAAAGUUUUUCGUUGCCACUUUGUUUUUUCUUCUUGAGUGGAAUCAUUGUACAAGUCCCUUGGCCUUGCCUUGGCGCACCCCAAGAUCAAGAUGGAGACUACCAGCAGUAUGUCAACGACGCAGCUGGCUCAGGGUCAAUACCAUUUCGGACGCUCGGAGAGGCGUCAAGAGUUCGCCCUGUCCAGCGCGAGCCAGAGUCAGAGCAAGAGCAAAGUGCUGAAGAGACAGCGCUCCAGCUCUCCGGAACUCCUGCGCUGCAAGAGGAGGCUCAGCUUCACCGGUCUCGGCUACAGCAUUCCGCAGCAGCAGCCGGUCGCUGUGGCGCGGCGCAACGAGAGAGAGAGGAACCGGGUCAAGCAAGUAAACAUGGGAUUCCAGACCCUGCGCCAGCACGUCCCGAACGGCGCGGCCAACAAAAAGAUGAGCAAAGUAGAAACCCUGCGUUCGGCGGUAGAGUACAUCCGCGCUCUGCAGCAACUCUUGGACGAGCACGAUGCCAUUUCUGCGGCGUUUCGGUGCGGCGUGCCUUCUCCAACCCUCUCCAACAGCUACUCCGCGGACCCGGAGUCGCCACAUUCAUCGUACUCCUCUGACGACGGGAGUUACGAGCCUCUGAGCUCCGAGGAGCAGGAGCUGCUGGACUUCACCACAUGGUUCAACAGAUACUGAUGAAGUAUGCAUUGCGCGUAAAACUCCAUCCGAGCGCACCUGGGUUCCAGUCUUCUUACUGAGCGCCGACUCAAUGCAAAUGCCAAUAUCAAUCCAGAACCUAACAGUUCUGAAGGAUCAGAGACAAGACAAGACCGCGAGGCAAGGAUUAGAGCGGUGAUUAUGUUCAUCUUACCUCGAACACCACUGGGGGAAAAUUUAUUUCUCUCUCCGUUUGGAGAAAUGAUUGAACUCGGCGUAAAGAUGUUUAAAAGUGCAAUUAUGGACUGUUAUGUUGUAGGUCAUCCUUCACCAUUAUAAAUCCACACCAGCCAGAAGAGACAGACAGUCAGUGGCACUGCUUUGAUUCAAACGCGCGCGUUCACGCGGGAAAAUGCUGCGCAUGCCCAGUGCGAAUGUUGACUUUUAGUGAUCGUUAGUACAGAAAUAUGCAGGUGAUAUCUAGUGUGUCUCUGCUGAGUUAGCUAGUUCCAGGCCUGAAAGUUUUUUUUUUAUAUGAAACUUGUACAAUAUGCUGUAUUGUUAAUAGAAAAUGAAGAUUUAUUUUUGUAUGCCGCUCAAAACAAAACGAACAAAAAAAAAAAAAGAAAGUACACUGCCUCUCUGUGACAACACUAUGCUGUAAAUGAAUGAAUGAAUUUAAUAUACAGCACGUUGUUGCUUGUAACACUGAAAGAAUGGGAUAGAACACAUUACUGAUUAAACAUGAUGCUCCUUGCUAAUGGGCAACGUGUAUGGAAAUGCUUUUCUUUUCUUUUUUUUUUUUUACAAUAUAUGCACUUGUUCUCUCCUUCUGUAGACUAAGAAAAUGUACAUUAUAUAUGAUU